AUGGGCCGCCCGGGCUGGCUGCUGCUGUGGCUCGGAGCCGCAGGCACAAUUUUCUGCUCCAGCUCAGGAUCCCAGGCGCCUUUUCUGCCAUCUUCGCUUCUGCCGCCGCCAGCUCCAAGGCCCCGGGUCCCGAACGUCACCGCCCUGCUUAGCGGCUUGGAGCCAGCCUCUCCCCUAAUUCCCCGAGGCACCCAGGGGCCCUGGCGGUUCUCCACCUGCGGGGCCAGUGGUCCGCGCGGGCCCACACAAACACAGUGCGACGGGGCGUACGCUGGCAGCAGCGUGGUGGUGACAGUGGGGGCCGCCGGGCCUUUGAGAGGAGUGCAGUUGUGGCGGUCGCCCGGCCCCGGCCAGUACCUGAUCUCCGCCUACGGCGCCGCGGGCGGCAAAGGCGCCAAGAACCACCUGUCGCGGGCGCAUGGCGUCUUCAUCUCGGCCAUCUGCUCCCUUCGUGGUGGGGAGCCGCUUUACAUCCUCGUGGGGCAGCAGGGAGAGGACGCCUGUCCGGGAGGGAGCCCGGAGAGUCAGCUCGUCUGCCUAGGAGAGUCUCAGGCCGCUGAGGAGCACGCGGCGACCGAUGGGACCGAAGGUGUCCCAGGGUCGCGGCGCUGGGCAGGAGGUGGCGGGGGUGGCGGGGGCGCCACCUACGUCUUUCGGCUGCGCGCCGGCGAGCUGGAGCCGCUGCUGGUGGCGGCCGGAGGAGGCGGUCGGGCCUACCUGAGGCGGCGGGACCGAGGCCGGGCUCAAGCCGCCCCUGAGAAACUGGAGGACCGCUCGGCGGCGCCCGGGAGCAGCGGGAGGAGCGGGGCGGCAGGUGGAGGGGGCGGCUGGACGUCGCGGGCCCCGUCUCCGCAGGCCGGCCGCUCCCUGCAGGAGGGGGCGGAGGGCGGCAGGGGCUGCGCCGAGGCCUGGGCUACGCUGGGUUGGGCCGCAGCCGGAGGCUUCGGGGGCGGCGGCGGGGCCUGCACUGCGGGCGGAGGCGGCGGCGGCUACCGGGGGGGUGAUGCCUCAGAGACUGACAUCCUCUGGGCUGAUGGGGAAGAUGGAGUGUCCUACAUACACCCCACCAAUGAGCUCUACCUGCAACCUCUGGCAGUCACAGAGAGCCAUGGUGAGGUGGAGAUCCGCCAGCACUUCAACUGCAGUCACUGCCUUCUCACUGACUGCCAGUGGCAGGCAGAGGUCUGGUGGGCCGAAUGCAUGUGCCCAGAGGGCAUGGAGCUGGCUGCAGAUAACAUCACCUGCAUGGACCUGCCCACCCCCCAAGGCCCUCUGGUUCUGAUGGUGGCUGUGGUGGUGACCUUGACACUGAGUUUCCUUAUGGUGUGUGGGAUCCUGAUUCUGGUGAACCAUCAGAAGUGGCAGGGCCUGUGGAGGACAAGGCUGCCAGGCCCUGAGCUCGUCGAGCUGAGCAAGCUUCGAACCUCCACCAUCAAGACAGCCCCAAACCCCUACUACUGCCAGGUGGGGCUUGGCCCGGUCCAGUCCUGGCUUCUGCCCCCAGGGCUUACCGAGGUUUCCCCAGCCAAUGUCACUCUGAUCAAAGCCCUGGGCCAUGGUGCCUUUGGAGAAGUCUAUGAGGGACUGGUAAUCGGCCUUCCUGGGGACCCCAGCCCCCUGCAGGUGGCUAUCAAGACCCUGCCAGAACUUUGCUCUCGUCAGGAUGAGCUGGAUUUCCUCAUGGAGGCACUCAUCAUCAGCAAGUUCAGCCAUCAGAACAUUGUGCGCUGUGUGGGGCUCAGCCUCCGAGCUGCCCCUCGCUUAAUUCUGCUGGAGCUGAUGUCUGGAGGGGACAUGAAGAGUUUCCUGAGGCACAGCCGGCCGCACCUGGGCCAGCCAUCACCUCUGGCCAUGCAGGACCUGCUCCAGCUGGCCCAGGACAUAGCCCAGGGCUGCCACUACCUGGAGGAAAAUCACUUCAUCCACAGGGACAUUGCUGCCCGGAAUUGCCUGCUGAGCUGCACGGGGCCUAGUCGAGUGGCCAAGAUUGGGGACUUUGGGAUGGCAAGAGACAUCUACAGAGCCAGUUAUUACCGCAAGGGGGGCCGGGCUCUGCUGCCAGUCAAGUGGAUGCCCCCAGAGGCCUUCCUGGAAGGCAUCUUCACAUCCAAGACAGACUCCUGGUCUUUUGGGGUGCUGCUCUGGGAGAUCUUCUCACUGGGCUACAUGCCCUACCCUGGGCGCACCAACCAGGAGGUGCUGGACUUUGUCGUUGGAGGGGGACGGAUGGACCCUCCCAGGGGCUGUCCAGGGCCUGUGUACCGUAUCAUGACCCAGUGUUGGCAGCACCAGCCUGAGCUGCGGCCCAGUUUUGCCAGCAUCUUGGAGCGCCUUCAGUACUGCACUCAGGACCCUGAUGUGCUGAAUUUACCCCUGCCAAUGGAGCUGGGGCCCACUCUGGAGGAAGAAGGAGCUUCUGGGCUGGGGAGCAGGUCUUUGGAGGGCCUAAGAUCCCCACAGGCCCAGGAGCUGAGUCUGGAGAGCUUGAAGAGCUGGGAAGGGAGCCUUCUUGGCCCCUGGCUGCCCUCUGGCCUCAAGCCCCACAAAACCAGGGGCCUCCAACUUCAGAACCUUUGGAAUCCCACCUAUGGCACCUGGGCCCCAAGGGGCCCUGAGGGUGAGGACUCAGGCAUUGAUGGGAGCAACAGCUCCUCCCUUCACUCCUCCUCAGGCUUCUAGGUGGCUUGUUCUUCCAGUAGCCUCUGUCCCCUGCAGUCUGUGCUGCGUGUCUGGGCCUGU